AUGACAGUGUUAACCAUCCCCACCCUUUCUGCGGUUGCUUUAUGCCUGUUUCUGGCAGUAUUCGUGAGACGUGCAUUGCCAGGCCGUGACAUUCCAGGCCCUGUUAUGGCCCGGUACACCCGGCUGUGGUAUAUAUGGCAGAUGAUAAAAGGCGAUUUCCAAUAUACCAACAUGAAGCUGCAUCGAGAUCACGGCAAGAUUGUGCGAAUUGCUCCCGGCUGGUAUAGCCUCAAUGACAUCGACGCUCUCAAGUCGAUCUAUGCUCAUGGUUCCCGAUUCAUCAAAUCAGAGUGGUAUGAAGCUUGGAACUUCUCGCCUGACCCCCAAGACCACAAUCUGUUCUCGGUUCGGAACACUGCCCAUCAUUCGGACGCCCGUCGUAAGGUCGCAUCUAUGUAUUCCAUGUCUGCGGUCGUUUCCUACGAGCCAUAUGUGAAUGAUUGUAUCCGGCGGUUCUGCGCCCAGCUUGACUCGUUUGCAAAGGCCGGCUCGAUGGUGGACCUAGGGCAUUGGCUGCAAUGCUUUGCCUUUGAUACUAUCAGCGGAAUUACUUACGGCGAACGAAUCGGUUUCCUUGACCAGGGCCAAGACAUCAACAACCUGAUGGCGAACUUAGAAAAGAACUUUCUCUUCAGCAGUUUGACGGGUCUCAUGCUGUGGCUAAGACCCGUGGUUCUUUUCUUGGGCAAGUUCUUUGCAUCGUCUGAUACCCUGUUCGUGCGUCGUUUCACCGACCAGAAAUUCACCGAGCUGUCGCAGAAAGGAGACCAAAAGCCCUCAACAGAAACUCUUCCGAUGAUACAGAGGUUUCUCCAUGCGCAGCGGGAUGAGGAGAAAGGCUUAACAGAUCGGUAUAUCAAGGUUAGCGCGGCAUCUAAUAUCGGCGCUGGGAGCGACACCACGGCAAUUGGCCUAAGUGCGGCGGUCUUCUAUUUGUACCGAUCGCCUGACAAACUAGCAAAGCUGCGCCAAGAGCUUGAUGAUGCUUUUAUCGAGGGCGAUCCUUCAUUUCCGGAAACACAGAAAUUACCUUAUCUCCAAGCCGUGAUCAAGGAAUCCAUGCGGCUUCACCCGGGGGUUGGAUUUCCCCUUUUCCGCCUGGUCCCUCGCGGAGGUGCUGUGAUCUGCAACAAAUUCUUUCCAGAGGGUACAAAUGUCGGAAUCAAUAGCUGGGUGAUGCAUCGAGAUGAAAAGAUUUGGGGGGGUGAUGCUGACAACUUUGUGCCCGAGAGAUGGCUGUCGAAUAACACUGAAACACUUCGAAUGAUGGAGCAAUGCCUGAUGCCUUUUGGCCUCGGCUCAAGAGUGUGUGUGGGGAAGAAUAUCUCGCUGUUCGAGAUAAACAAGCUUAUUCCACCGUUGGUCCUGAAUUAUGAUAUUGAGAUACAGCAACGGGACGGCAAGGAUAUGAAAGCAAGGAAUAUGUGGUUUGUCAAGCCGGUUCAGUUUCAAGGAACCAUCAGGAGCAGGCCCGGUAGGUCGAGUCUAUGA